CCAAUCGUCUUGGUCUAGGCUGCAGACCUGAGGCAACCAGUCUUUCUCCUUCCGUCUAACCUCGGCAGUGCCAAACUGUUUAUUGUUUGACGUUCUACAAAAUUCUGAAGCAGCUCCAAAGGGAAAAUGGCUGGGCCUCAACAGAGCUCGUACACCACGCCGAAGAAGUGCAGCCUCAGCGACCGGUUGAAGGCCCUCUACCCGAUGGUCAACGAGUCCGAGACCCCUCUACCCAGAUCUUGGAGUCCAAAGGAUAAAUUCAAUUAUAUCGGACUUUCCAACGGAAAUUUGCGCGUUCAUUACAAAGGUCAUGGCAAAACUCACAAAGAUGCAGCAAGUGUUCGAGCAACACAUCCAAUUCCAGCUUCAUGUGGAUUGUACUAUUUUGAAGUGAAAAUAGUGAGUAAAGGACGUGACGGCUAUAUGGGCAUUGGUCUCUCGGCCCAAGGAGUUAAUAUGAAUCGUCUCCCUGGCUGGGACAAACAUUCAUACGGCUAUCAUGGCGACGACGGUCAUUCAUUUUGUUCUUCUGGCACGGGUAUACCUUACGGCCCUACAUUUACAACAGGUGAUAUCAUAGGAUGUGGCGUAAAUCUUAUAGAUAAUACAUGCUUUUAUACAAAAAAUGGCCACAAUCUUGGCAUCGCAUUCACAGACCUUCCUAAUAAUCUGUAUCCUACAGUCGGGCUUCAAACACCAGGAGAAGUUGUAGACGCUAACUUUGGACAAAUCCCAUUUGUAUUUGACAUAGAAGACAUGAUGAAAGAACUCAAAGCUCGAACCAAAGCAACAAUUGAAAAAUUUCCUUUCCCAGAAACUUUCAGUGAACAUCAGAGUAUUUUACAUAGGCUUGUUUCCUCAUACCUUGUUCAUCAUGGUUAUUGUGCGACAGCUGAAGCUUUUGCCAGUGCUACAGGACAAGAGUUUAAAGAAGAAAUCGCCUCAAUAAAAAAUCGUCAGCGUAUUUUAAAGUUAGUUUUGGCUGGUCGAAUGGGUGAAGCAAUAGAUAUGACAAAACAUUUAUAUCCAGGACUGUUGGAAGAAAGGCCGAAUUUACAUUUCAUGUUGAAAUGCAGACAAUUCAUAGAAAUGGUGAACGGUAGUGAUACGGAAUACCAACCAAGACAUGUGAUAACCCAUACAUCAGUUAUUCAAUCUACAAAACCAUUUAGUGAAAUGAAUGGAGUGGCUAAACCAAGGGAGGAGACAAUGGACGUGGAGGAUAAAAAUGGACAUCAAAAUGGAAUCCAAAAUGGGUUUAUUCAAGAUGACCAUGGAGAAAAUUCCAGUGGAAAUGUUCAAUAUGCAGGUUCAAAAAAGCUUUGUGGUGGCAGUAGACCAGCAGUCGAAAGAAUGUUAGAAUUUGGAAGAGAAUUAUAUAGCUACAGCCAACAUCUAUUUCAUGAAUUUGGAGCUAACGAAUCAAACAAAACUAUGCUACAGGAUGCAUUUAGUUUAUUAGCAUACUCUAACCCUUGGAGUAGUCCUGUAGGCUGGCAAUUACAUCCCAGAGAAAGAGAAACUGUAUGCGCACAACUUAAUUCUGCAAUACUCGAAUCAAGUAAUAUGGCUAGAAAUCCACCAUUGGAGAUAGCAGUUUCACAUGCCAAAGAAUUGGUUCAUAUAAUGUCUAAGGCAGGUUUGGGAUCUUCAGCAUUUGCAAACGUGGAAGAUAUUAUCUUGAAUUGAAG